AUGGGCUCCAGGCAGGAUCGGUUUUCCACAGGGAAAGAUCUUCAGCUCUGGGGAGUUUGGGACAGGAGGGAGAGGGAGGAGGAGAAGGGGAAGGAGAAGAAAAAGGAGGAGAACGAGAACGAGAAGGAGGAGAAGGGUGAGGAGGAGGAGGAAGAGAAGGAGAAGGGGAAGAAGGGGAAGGAGAAGGGGAAGGGGAAGGGGAAGGGGAAGGAGAAGGAGAAGGAGAAGGAGAAGGAGAAGGAGAAGGAGAAGGAGAAGGAGAAGGAGAAGGAGAAGGAGAAGGAGAAGGAGAAGGAGAAGGAGAAGGAGAAGGAGAAGGAGAAGGAGAAGGAGAAGGAGAAGGAGAAGGAGAAGGAGAAGGAGAAGGAGAAGGAGAAGGAGAAGGAGAAGGAGAAGGAGAAGGAGAAGGAGAAGGAGAAGGAGAAGAAAAAGGAGAAGGAGGAGGAAGAGGAGAAGAAG